AUGGACACGCAACUCGAGGCCGCCUUCGACGAAUUCGGCAAGAAAAAGAAGCUGACCGCGCAGGAUGCUGUAGCCAUGGAACGAGCGGUGUCGGCGGAGGUCGAAGAGGCCCGGUGCCUCGACGCGCUAGCCCGAGAGCUCGAAUGCAGUGCCCUAAGCGACUGA